UUUUUUUUUUUUUUUUUCAUGUGUAUGACAGUAUGAUGAGUUUAAGUGUUUAUAGUCUAGCUGCUUGUGCAGACUGUGAGAAGAGUAACAUUAAGACUAAACAUGCCUUUACAGGGCUUCGAGUAACAAUUGAUUGCAAGCCAGAAAAUGGACACUUAAAGACAAGAGGGGUAGGGAAACUCGAUGAAGAAGGAAAGUUCAAAGUGUCUAUUCAUCGUAAGAUUGUAGAAGAUGGCAAACUGAAUGAAGAAUGCUAUGCACAGCUUCACAGUGCAUCAGCUGCACCAUGCCCUACACAUAAUGGCCUAGAGUCUUCAAAAGUAGCAUUGUGACAGUUGUUAUUGUAAGAAUUGAAUUUUGAUUGUAAGGAUUGUGACAGUUGUUAUUGUAAGGAUUGAAUUUUGAUUGUAAGGAUUGUGACAGGUGGAAUGUGGAUAUUUA